UGGAGGUUCUGCAUCGUCCUCCAUUCACAACCACUUUUACACGUACAUCAAGUUAACAAUUUUCUUCAUAUUUCCUUCCUUCUAUUUGCUCAAAAUGGCUCUUUCACUCACUAUUGAGAAAGAAUUUGCUCAAAACUCAGAAAGAAUUAAGUCUGUGGAUCUACAUCCAACUGAGCCAUGGGUUCUGGUCAGUUUGUAUUCAGGUGCUGUUUGUAUCUGGAAUUACCAAUCACAGACCAUGGAGAAGUCCUUCAAGGUCACUGAAUCACCAGUCAGGUCAGCAAAGUUUGUAGCACGCGAACACUGGAUAGUAACCGCAGCUGAUGACACAUUUAUUCGCGUCUACAACUAUGACACGACGGAAAAGAUCAAAGAGUUUGAAGCACAUACAGAUUAUAUCAGGAGUGUGACUGUCCAUCCUACUCUACCUUAUCUCUUGUCAUGCUCGGACGACAACGUUAUAAAGCUUUGGGAUUGGGAGAAGGAUUGGUCAUGCACUCAGAUCUUUGAGGGACAUUCUCACUAUGUAAUGCAAGUGGCGUUCAAUCCAAACGACACCAAUACUUUCUCUAGUGCGUCUCUUGAUGGCACUGUCAAGGUAUGGAGGAUUGGCUCCGCUGGCCCAGAGUUUACAUUAGAGGACCACUUAAAAGGAGUAAAUUGCGUUCAUUACUUCAUUCGCGACAAUAAAACAUAUCUAUUGAGUGGUUCCGACGAUUUUACUGUUAAGGUAUGGGACUACGAAAUCAAAAGCUGUGUCCAAACUUUAGAAGGCCAUGAGCACAAUGUAACUGCUCUAUGUGUUCAUCCUGAGCUUCCCAUAAUAAUCACAGCUUCUGAGGAUGGGAAUGUUCACAUUUGGCAUGCAGCCACUUUUAGGCUAGAAAAGAGACUGAGCUACGAUCUCGAAAGAGUUUGGGCCAUCGCACACUCGAAAGGAUCAGACAAAGUUGCAUUUGGAUUUGACAAAGGAAUAGUUGUGGUUAAAAUGAAUGGUCAUGUUGAUCUCCAAGCUUAGAAGGAAAGGUUGAAGGAAUAAAAGAGAUCUAGUGAUCAUGUGAUUAAUACCUUCACCUUGUCAAUAAAUGAUUUCGACACACAAGACUAAUAUACUUGUUGACACGUUCUCUAAUACAAGUAGAUUUCAUAGUUGUAUGCAAGUUUCGUAUUGCCAAGUGUGUCGGCAAGUGUGUUAGUUUUGUAUGUCUAAAUAGUGUUACAUUUACCACGUAUGGAAUUAUUCCAAGGACUUUACGAUGUUACUCUUAUUGUUGUAUUAUAUGUAUCAAUAAAACUAUAAAUAAUGUUUCAAAUGA